UGUUCACGAGCAGACAUUAGCACAAAUCUGCAAAAGAAACUAGAGGAUCAACCAGCCGCCCACAUCAGCAAUCCGAAAACCCUCGACUUCCAGGUUGUACGUACAUCCUUAUUGCCCGGUCUUCUAUCAACACUUUCCAGCAACCGAAGUCUUCCAUUGCCUUUGAAACUCUUCGAAGUUCAAGAUGUGGUUCUUAAGGAUGCCAGCAAAGAUGUUGGUUGUCGUAACAGCCGACGCAUUUGCGCUAUCUACUGCAAUAAGACAUCCGGUUUCGAAUUCACCCACGGUCUACUUGAUCGCCUAAUGCAUGUUCUUGAAGUUGGCUAUGAGAAAAAGCGGAAGCCUAAUGGCUUUGCCUACAAACUUGAAGAGUCUGACGAUUCAACUUUCUUCCCCGGACGCUGUGCCGACGUCAUUCUACUUCCUGAGGGACGAUCAAUUGGACAUUUGGGAAUUGUGCAUCCCAAUGUCCUGCGGAACUUCGAUAUCUCAUUCGCUGUGUCAGCCCUCGAGAUUGAUAUUGAACCAUUCCUCUAA